GGCAAUAUUAUGUUUAUUUGUGUGUUUUUGUGUAGCUGGGAGCUAACGCUAGCGCUUCACGGAAGUGUCUGAUAACCAGCUGCUCCCUCUUACUGUCUUAUGUACUUUUAUUUAUUUACUUUAUUAAUUAUAAACAUAACGCACGUGCGUGCUGUGUUGUGUAGCGCGUCGCAGCUAGUUUUUGUGUUGUUUUUGUUUCUUAUUUCUCCUUUGAUAUGACUUGGUUUGGGUUCGGAAGUUUGCCGUUCAAAAUGUUUUAAAUAUCACUAAAGGGACAACGAAGAAUUUUGUUGAUAUUUUUAUAAUAUUUUUGCAUUUAGUACCUAGGACACGCCUAGAAGGAAUGAAGUUACUAAAACAAAAAAGAGGCUUUAAACCUCAUCAUCUUGUUAGUAAACCAGUUUUAUUAAUCUGCAGAUUUGGAUCGUCAUUGUCCCAUUACCUUAUUAUAAACGUGUUUUAAUCUGUAAGUGUUUUCUGGCGUGGAAUCGAAGAGGAGGAAGUGAGAGAGGGGGAAUCAUAUAAGCCGGAAGGAAAUGCCAAUCGCCACUACUGGUCAUUCAACGUCUCGAGAGCCCCGCGUCUGUUCCCCGGACCCCGUUCCCAAGCGUGCUGAUUUAUGCGAGGACGCAGGGGCCCAGCCAGCGGAAUACAGGGGUUCGGAGGGGGGCCACAGCCUGGGCAGCACUAGACUUUCUGGAGCUCUUGAGAGCUCCUCUGCGGUAUCUCAUUCCCCUCCCACUUCCCCUUUCCACCACCACCACCAUCAUCAUCAUCAUCACCCCCAUCCAGUGACUAUGGAGCCCCCCAGGACUCGAUCUCGCUCGCGGUCUGGAUUUUACCACGGUGGAUUAUCUAACUCGAAUGGUAAUGCUGGGAGUGGCGGUGGUGCGCUAAGUCCAGCUGGAGGAAUAAGCCACCACCAACACCACCACCAACAGCAGCAGCAGCAGCAGUUCGGCGCUGCUCAUGGACACACGGAAAACCUGCGCCCACCCGGGAGCAUGCUUUCCCCAGGCGCCCACAGACACGCAGGGCCUGGAAUGCACAGAAACUCCGGAGCAGGUGCAAUGGGAGGAGUAUACCACUAUCAUUCAGAGCAUGCAUGUGCAGACGCCACUGACAAGACGGAGGAUUCUCCUAGUCCGAAGAGACAGCGUCUUUCCCAGCAGUCUGUAUUGGAGUUUACCUCGGCCCCUCCUUCCACACCCUCGCCACCAAUCAGACCAUGGGAGCUUCCGCCCAGUCGCAGGCCACACCCCUAUCCCCACCCACACUACCACCCCGAGCGCUGCCACACACCUGCACGGCACAGACGCAGUCCUCCAGUGCGGCGUCAGCGUGGCCGACGAGAGCGUCUGUCACGGCACCAUCCCCCUCAUGGUUCCCCCGGUGGGGGGCAGGAUGAAAACUACCGCCACCCUCCUCACCCACAUUCUCUUCAUCCCUAUGGCCAGCCACCAUCCCACCCUCCACCCGGCCUUGAUGAGCCUCGGGCCUUUCACCCCCCCACGCUCUCGCCACGGUUAUUGCACCCGCCACAGCAGGGUGCCAUGGUGAUGGACCUCCAUGAGCAGCUUCCUCAGGGUACGGUGCCGGUAUCAUAUACAGUUUCUCCAGUGCCGCCCCAUGGUCUACCUGCUCCCCUCUGUACGGGACAGCAUCUCCCAGCAUGCUCUUCUCAGCAGCAGGUGCCUGCCUGUUCUGUGGUCUUCAGCGGACAGCAACACUAUCCAAUCUGUAGCGUACCACCUCCAAUGUUGCCGGCAUGUUCAGUGCAGCAUUUGCCAGUGCCGUACGCAUUUCCAUCUCUUCUCUCCAGUGAUCCACCCUUCCUGCUUCAUCCUCCGCAUCUGUCACAUCAUCCGCCCCACCUCCCCACUCCUGGACAGUUCUUACCCUUCCAGACGCAACAGUCUCGAUCUCCACUGCAGAGGAUAGAGAAUGAGGUGGAGUUGUUGGGGGAUCACCUGUCAGUAGGUGGAGGGUUUAACUAUCCUCACUCUGGCCAUCCUAGUCCUCUGCCUCCUUCUACCCCACUGCAGUUCCUCUCCCAUGAACCCCUGCCCCAGGAGCUCUUUGGAGUGCCGUAUCCCCACUUCAUGCCUCGGCGAAUCACAGGCAGACGCUACCGCUCUCAGCAGGCCGUACCUCCACCUCCGUACCACCCAAGUCUGCUGCCCUACUUCCUGUGGUACAGAUCUGUUCUUCCAGUCCAGCCGACAGCAGUGGGCCCCGCCAUUAGCUUGGAGCUGGAUGUAGAUGAUGGAGAGGUUGAGAAUUAUGAGGCUCUGUUAAACCUUGCUGAGCGUCUCGGAGAAGCAAAGCCUAGAGGUUUGACGAAAGCCGACAUCGAACAGCUGCCUUCCUACAGAUUCAACCCCAGCAACCAUCAGUCUGAGCAGACUUUGUGUGUAGUGUGCAUGUGUGAUUUCGAGUCUCGUCAGCUGUUGAGAGUACUGCCCUGUAAUCACGAAUUCCAUGCCAAGUGUGUUGAUAAAUGGCUCAAGGCUAACAGAACCUGUCCUAUUUGCCGAGCAGAUGCCUCUGAAGUCCAGCGGGAUUCCGAGUGAUGCUGCUCACCGAACACACACAUACAUGCACACCACUAAACACUUCUGUCAUUCUCCUACCCUGUUACAUUCAAUUAACUUCCACAUGCAAAAUUACUCCUCACACACAGAUGACUGCUGCAAACGAUUUGUGAAAACAAAAUCAUUGUUUGAUAUUCAUCUAUGAAUAUCCAACUAACUGAGACACACUCACACAAACACACACACACACGUCCCUUUGGUUGUUUGAUCACUAAUUCUUUGAGUGGAAGUCCAAAGAUUAUGGUUCAUAUUAUCAUUCUGGUUAUGUUCUGGUUCUGAUAUUGUUUUUUUUUUUUUUUUAAUAUAUAAAUAUAUAUAGUUUAGUUCUCCCCUUUGGGGGUGGGUGUUGGUAUGUUGCAGUCUCGUGUGAAUGAGUGUGUGUGUAUGUGCACUAACAUUCCCGGCUAUGUGAGCACACCGUGGUGUGGUGGUCUUUACGAAGGUUAAUGUUGUGAGCAUGGGCUUUUAUAUUUUACCAACAAAUAUAGCUAUAUAUAAAUAUGUAUGUAUCAAUAUAGAGGGACAAAUUACAAAAUUCAUUUUUUUUAAUAGGAAAAAAAUUGUCUUCAAAAAAUGGAACAAAAGAUUGCGUAAGAUUCAAAUUAUAUCUAUACAUAAAAAGGGGCUUUUGGGUGGGUCUUGCUCAAUUAUGAUUUAGCAGUCUUUAUAGAAUUGGAAAACUGUGAGGUGUGUGUGCUUUUGUGUGAAAGAGUGUGUGUGUGUGUGUGUGUGUGUGUGUAUUAGAGAAUCAAUUGUUUGUUAUUUAUCCCAAAUGUGUGGUACAGAACACUGGCUUGUCACUCUCACUUUUAUUCUCGUCUCGGAUUGGCUGAGGAUGCGCACUGACAUGACGUGAUUGGUUUGGAGGGGCAGUGGAAUAUUCUCAAAGUUCUUAAUAGAUGUAUCCUGCUGCAAUUUUUUUUUCUUUUUUUUUUUUUUUUUUUUGCCGCCCGCCACAUUUUUCAAUAUUAUUGCCAUCUGCAAAACAAAAAUAACCGUUUUAAACCAUUAAAUAUGUAUUCCUAAUCCAUAGCCAGUCCUGCAGAUUGAUUGUGUAGACAAAUCACCACUUUUCUCAUUUAGCACUUAAGGCACCAUAGUGUCGUUUAUUAUCGUUUGGCGGCUGCGUAAACACCGAUUAAAUCCCGGUAUUCGCCUUAAGUCUAGCAUCUCUUAAAAUGAUGAUUCUCCAUCUUAAGUUUAUUUUUUUUGCCUAGGAAAUUAGUUGUAUGCCAGUUAAUCCUGUAGCAGUGUUACCCACAAUACUCUCGGGUUUACCAAAAUUAGCUCUAAUUUUGAAUUUGGGUCAUUAUUUGGUUUCAUAUGCCUUAAUUCAGUAAUCGGGGACUCAUGGGUAUGUGCGUGUACAUGCCUGUUCAAGGUUAUUUCAUAGCAUUUGCGCUUCUUUUAAAAAAAAAAAGGAAAAAAAAAGGAAAUGCACAGAUUCUGCAGGACAAAAGGGAGGGAAACGCACACAGACCGUUGAAUUGUGGCGUAUUAUCUUCCCUUCAUCCCCAAAAGGUUUCUGGUCUUAGAAAACGGUUAACGUCUUUUCAUUUGUCGUUUUGCUCUCUCACUGCCCUCUCUAUACAGUUAGCUGUUUGUUUGUUUGUUUUUUUUAAUACAGCCUUCCAGUGCAUCCACUCAUACAGCCUCCAUAAGGCUGUUAUAGCCAUUCAUAGCCAUGUGCGUUACUUUAUAAUGAAUGCCUGAGAUGCGGUAUGACCUAGAGGGGUGUUUUGUGUGUGUAUGAUCAUUUUAUGUCAUGCAUUGUUAUCAUUAUCAAUAUGAAUGGAUAUAACUGCCUCUGUCGUGCAUUAUGUAGGCUCUAUGACUGGUGUAGAAAGUGUCAUAUGAAUUCUGUGAUGUAGUCUCAGAGCCUGCAGUGUCUUAAUGAGAGAUGCCUUUAAACCAUUCUCCAGUGUUGUCUGCUUUAGUGUCAUAAGUCAAAUUCAUGGCGACCAGAAAAUUAUGAAUUCUUUUUCUUUUCAAACAACAAAUGUGCAUUACCUUACUUAACCAUUGUCAUUCUGUGUUAUAGGAGUUUUAUUUUUUCCCUGCUUGGUACAAUAGCAGUUACCUCAGUUUUACUAUUUAUGUUUUUUUCCCCCCCUUAUUCUUUUGCAAAACCAAUAAGAGAGCUUAUGAAUUCUCUUGCGUUUGUUUAUUGGUUGUUUUAAUUCUUACCAUUAAAAAUACAAUUGUAUCAUUUAACAUGUUGUAGUUUCAUAUGUAUAAUAUCUGUAACCAAAAUCAUUUGAAGGCUUGAUAUAAAAAUUUUUAACAAACA